GAGGUUGGCACUUUAAUUGCGCUUAUAUAAUUUAUGGCGCUCGUCGCGCGUCUCUUGCUAAACUGUUUGAGACAGAAACACAAUUUAUUGGUCUGGGACGUUAGAUCCGAAGAGCACCGCGUGUUGCAGCGCGGAGCAAUGUGGGCUUUCUGCUAAUAAACAAACUUAGGAGUCCCUUUGAGGCGGUGGAGAGGAGCGCGUCCCUCCAGGACGCGGCCUGGUCUGCGCUGCGCUGCGCUCUAUGGGAAACAUCUCUCUGGAAAACAUCGUGAUAUUCGGCAGGGCCAAUGAGUGCGGGCCACACUCACCCCCCCUCCAUGGUUGGCAUGGUGGGCCACCCCUCAGUUAUCAGCACCUCCAGGCCCUUACCCUCCACUAUGUCCACCUUGGGCUCUCCAAUGAACGGCCUGGCAUCGCCGUAUCCCGUCAUCACAUCGUCUCUGGGAUCACCCUCCGUACCCCUUCAGUCUACUCCCAACAUGAACUUUGGACCAAUCAGCAGUCCACAGAUGAACUCGAUGAACAGUGUUAGCAGUUCGGAGGACAUCAAGCCUCCGCCGGGCCUGCAGCCUUUGGGAAACAUCAACUAUCAGUGUACGAGCCCCGGGGGGAUGUCAAAGCACAUCUGUGCUAUUUGUGGGGAUCGAUCUUCAGGAAAGCACUACGGUGUGUACAGCUGUGAGGGCUGUAAAGGCUUCUUUAAACGCACUGUACGUAAAGAUCUCACUUACACGUGUCGAGACAACAAAGAGUGCCUGAUAGACAAGCGUCAGCGGAACCGCUGCCAGUACUGCCGCUAUCAGAAGUGCCUGGCCAUGGGCAUGAAGAGAGAAGGUGUGGGUGUGUUUGCAGCCGUGCAGGAAGAGAGGCAGCGUGGGAAGGAGCGUGGCGAGAACGAGGUGGAGUCUACCAGCACUUUUAACGAAGACAUGCCCGUGGAAAAGAUCCUGGAUGCUGAGCUGGCCGUGGAGCCCAAAACAGAGACAUACAGCGACGGCAGCCCAGGGAACUCGACCAACGACCCCGUCACCAAUAUCUGCCAGGCGGCCGACAAGCAGCUCUUCACCUUGGUGGAGUGGGCCAAAAGGAUCCCGCAUUUCUCCGAACUCCCCCUGGACGACCAGGUCAUCCUGCUCCGAGCAGGCUGGAAUGAGCUGCUCAUUGCUUCUUUCUCCCAUCGCUCGGUCACAGUUAAAGACGGCAUCCUGUUGGCGACAGGUCUACAUGUCCACAGAAGUAGCGCCCACAGUGCAGGAGUGGGAUCCAUCUUUGAUAGAGUUCUCACAGAGUUGGUAUCCAAAAUGAAAGAUAUGCAGAUGGAUAAGACGGAGCUGGGCUGUCUGCGAGCUAUCGUUCUAUUCAACCCAGAUGCAAAAGGUUUGUCAAACCCAUCGGAGGUGGAGGCGCUAAGAGAAAAAGUCUACGCUUCAUUGGAGUCGUAUACAAAACAAAAGUACCCUGACCAGCCUGGCAGGUUUGCCAAACUGCUGCUGCGCCUGCCAGCUCUGCGCUCCAUUGGUCUCAAGUGUUUGGAACAUCUAUUCUUCUUUAAGUUAAUCGGAGACACGCCCAUCGACACCUUCCUGAUGGAGAUGCUGGAGGCACCACAUCAGAUCACAUGACACCAGAACCCCCCUUCCCUUCCCCUGUAAAUAUUCCCUCCUUGUGACCGAUGUGAAGAUGGAAUAAUAAAAAAAAAAAAAGACUUGAUUGAAACUGUAAAACAAAGUAUUUUCUACCAAGUAAAACAAUGCAAUUAAAUAUACCUGUGAUAUUUUCCAGUGGCUGGGAAAAGUAAUCCCAUAUGCACACGAUUCUAAAAGAUUUGGUAACACAUUUUGUAAAUAGAUAAUUUGUUUUUAAUGCAAUGCUAAUUGCAGAGGAAUCUUAUUUCAUUCUAAGAGAGAGAAAACAUUUCAUAAAAGAAAACGUUAAAUGCUUCCAGCAGAAUAAAUUUAUUUAAACUAUAA